UUUAACGACCUUUGCAAGGGACAAACUGCUAAAAAUACCCAAAUUAUCCAGUGGAAUUGAGACGUACCAAUUCCAGUGAGGCGCAAUCGCUGAUAUGCAUUCGGAGAGAGAGUUGAAACGGUCACACCAGAUAAGGAGAGAAUACAUGGGCGAGAUACAGUGAGAGAGAGAGAGGAGAGAGAGAAGGAGGAGGAGGAGGAGGAGGAGGAGAGAGAGCGAACGACCGCGAGGAAAGGAUCUCUUCUCUACUCACCUGCAAAGCCUACUUCGGCUAAUGAGUUCCUCUGCUUCUACCAGUGUGAGUUGCACAAGUUGCACACUCGGCUGGAAAUCGUCGAGCUUGUUUGUUCAACUAGGGCUUCUCUCUCGGUGCCAAAAUGGGGUCUUGGCUUUCCCUCCUAGCAGGAAAUUGCCUUGUAACAAGUUCCCUCGGGUUUGCUGCUCCUCAUCCUCUUCUGAUCCGCUUCUGUUACAAGCUGCAAGAGGAGAUCCUGUAAGCCGCCCUCCAGCAUGGAUGAUGCGUCAGGCAGGAAGGUAUAUGGCUGUUUACAGAAAGCUUGCAAAGAAACACCCCUCCUUCAGAGAGAGGUCAGAGACAAUUGAUCUCAUUGUGGAAAUUUCUUUGCAGCCCUGGGAAGCUUUCCGUCCUGAUGGGGUUAUUAUUUUCUCUGACAUACUUACCCCUUUACCUGCAUUUGGUGUCCCAUUUGACAUAGAAGAGGUGAGGGGUCCUGUUAUUCAGUCUCCACUCCGUUCUGAGGAGUGCUUGACAGCAUUGCAUCCGAUUGACUUGGAUAAACUUCAUUUCGUGGGAGAAUCCCUCAAGAUUUUGCACCGGGAGGUCGGGGGGCAAGCUGCAAUUCUGGGUUUUGUGGGAGCACCAUGGACAAUUGCUACAUAUAUUGUAGAAGGGGGUACAACUCGCACGUAUACCACUAUAAAAAGUAUGUGUCAUACAGCACCACAUGUAUUGAGGGCUCUUCUUUCUCAUUUAACGAAGGCAAUAGCGGAGUACAUUGUUUUCCAAGUGAAUUCUGGGGCUGAUUGUGUACAAAUAUUUGACUCCUGGGGAGGGCAACUACCGCCGAAUAUGUGGGAGCAGUGGUCAAAGCCCUAUAUUCAAGAGAUUGUGAGUCUAGUAAGGAAAAAGUGCCCUGGAACACCACUUGUCCUCUACAUUAAUGGGAAUGGUGGCCUUCUGGAGCGGAUGAAGGGAACUGGAGUUGAUGUGAUUGGAUUGGAUUGGACGGUGGAUAUGGCAGAUGGAAGGAAGCGUUUGGGUAGUGGAAUUAGCGUACAAGGAAAUGUGGACCCUGCUUAUUUAUUCUCACCUCUUCCUGCCUUGACUGAUGAAAUUCAAAGGGUCGUCAAGUGUGCAGGCCCAAGGGGUCACAUUCUCAAUCUUGGCCACGGUGUUCUUGUCGGGACACCUGAAGAAGCUGUUGCUCAUUUCUUUGAUGUUGCAAGAAGCAUCAAGUUUGACACGAUUGCUGAAGAUCAUUUAAGGGAGGAACGUAAAUUGGUGGCUUGAGGACCGGAUUCAAGAUUAGAACCGGAGUAUUGUUUUGUUGUAGAAAUUAGUUGUUUGUGUUGACAACCCGAUACGGGAUGCCAGCAGCAGUACUAGUCUUGCUUACAGCUUAAUCUCGCCGGAGGAUUUAUUUAAAUUUAAAGCUAUGAGAAUCUGUACAUGUUUGCGGAUGAGCUUACUAGUUUCUUUCCCCCCUACUGUAUCUGUACUUAUUCAUUUUCCAAAUAAAAGAUGAAGAUAUAGAAAA